AUGAAUCAAUCCAAGAAAGACCAAAUUCACGACGGCGAACAUGAUAUCGACAAUGGGGGUUGCCACGAGUUGAACCCCGAUGAAAAUUCUAAAGCUCUCUUCCAGGCACCGCAAGACUUGUUCAACAGUGAAGAGGGUGAAGUCAACUUCCGGGGCGUCUCAUGGCAAGGAGCUGCUAUCCUAAUCGCCAAAUUUCAAAUCGGACUCGGUGCCCUCAGUCUUCCAUCCACUUUCCAUGUCUUGGGGUUCUUCCCCGGAAUACUAUGUUUCGUCAUUUUGGCUGUUAUCACAACUGUGGCCGGUUAUGUUAGUGGAAAUGCCAGGCAGUACUAUCCCCAAAUGCACAGCAUCGGUGACGCCGCUGAGUUGCUCUUUGGAAAAGGAGCACGAGAAUUUAUUGGGAUCAUCUACUAUAUAUAUCUCGCUCUUGUCGCCGGAGCAGGUAUGCUCACCACGUCUGUGGCACUUAACGCACUUUCGAAUCAUGGAGCUUGCACUAUGGCCUUUGUCGCCGUCGCAUGCGCAGCUGCUUUUAUCUUCGGAACUGGUUUCCGUUCUCUGGAAAAGGUAGCCUGGAUCAGUUGGAUCGGCGUGGCCGGCAUCGUCUUCGCUAUUUGGAUAACCGCAAUCGCCUGCCUCGCUAGAGAUAGACCUGCGGGGGCUCCACCUGGGCCGAUCAAUCUGGACAUUCGUGUUUUGCCUCAGGCAAGCUUUACUGAGGCUAUGUCCGCAAUAUCCACCCAGCUCUUUGCUUUGGGUGCGUCAGGAACCUUUUUCUCCGUUGCGGCUGAGAUGAAGGAACCCGAAAAGUUUACUCGCUCUCUCAUUUAUGGCCAGUCCUUUAUUGUUUUAACGAACAUUGCCAUUGCAUCCAUCAUGUAUGGCAAGAUUGGCCAAUACCUCGUAAGCCCCGCUCUGGGCUCAGCUGGGGAUUUGAUCAAGAAGAUAUCUUACGGCAUUGCGUUUCCCGGAUUACUGGUGACUGCCAUUCUAUGGAGCCACAUAGCGGCCAAAUAUUGGUUCGUCAGAAUUCUCCGCGGUACACGGCAUCUUCAAUCUAAUACAGUCACCCACUGGACUGUUUGGAUUGGGUCUAUGGCCGUGACUGUUGUUUUUGGAUUCAUUGUUGUCGGUGUCGUGCCUUUCUUCGACGACUUUCUGAGUUUGGUCGGCGCACUCAUAAAUCCUGUGUUUACUAAUGUCCUCCCUGGUUUCAUGAUUCUCUUCUAUUUGGGAGCAAAUCCCAGCAGAGCAAGCGAUAGUGUUCGGAAUGUCGAAACGGGAAAUGUAAUCUCGCCAAUGAUUUGGUUACCAAAUGCUUUCAAAACAUAUCGGAAUGGGUGGAAGCAAGCCUCGGCGCUUGUUGGUGGAAUUUUCAUGAUACUCCUGGGAGCUUUCAUCAUCGUCGGAGGCACUUACUCAACUGUCUUGAGUAUUCAGGCUUCAUAUCAUGAUGGAUCAGUAUCGGGCGUCUUCUCAUGUGGGGAUAACUCUUAG